ACGUCAUAAUGGCGUCAUAUUUCAGAAGAAAUGAGACAACAAAUAUUUUAUUUAUUAUUACAGUUUAUUCUGCUUUCUGAUCCUGUCACGACAGUCCACGUCAAGGUAAGGAUUGACAAUGAAGACGGGUCACCUGUGAAGUAUUUUGAGGAGGAUCUGACAGAAGAGGAUUUUCAGGAAAAGCCACCAUUUGAAAUGGUUGACAGAAAUAAACGAGCUUCAUACGACACUAGGCCUCCUGAAUCACCAAACAGAUUUAAAAGAGACAUAUUUGAUACGAAUCUAGAAAUUCGACAAAAGCCGGAAUGUGAUGAGAAACUCAGUGAAAUAGUCAAUAAAAGCGAAAGUAAGCCUAUCCAGUUGGCCUACGUGUUGGAACCAGGGGAAAAUGUUAAAUUAAUGUGCCAUUUUUGUGGGGAUGUUAGAAAACACCGCGGGAUAGUUGAAUGGAAGCGCUUGAUCCGCCAAAGCACUGCCACGGGGAAAUACCUCAUAAAAACGGUGCAGGAGGACAUGCAUGAUGUCGAGGUUUUGAAUCACGUCAAAUUCACCAUGGACCAUAGCCUCGUCAUCAUGAACAUCACGCAUGCUGAUGCAGACACAUAUUUUUGCAUUAUUAUAACACAAGAUAUGCUGAUAGAGGACGAAAUGGACGCUGAAGGGAUGAAACAAAUGUUUCUGGCGGACAUUUCCACCACAAGUUUCAGGCUAUACUACCAUGUGGACGUAAUAAGAACCACGGACAUUCCAGCAAGACGGCUCACUUAUAUAGACAGUUUUGAGCCCGCAGAAGAGAAACCUACCUAUAAUAUGAGAUUUUUCACGGAAUGGCAGGAAUGGAGCUCUUGUUCUGUGUGUGGAAAACAUGGCGAAAGAAAGAGGCAUGGUGUUUGUACUGUCCAACUUAUGUAUCCUGAGAAGUUCAUAGAACCAGCAUAUUUAUACUACGCCCUGAAAUUCUUUAAAAAGGGAAUCCCCUGCAGAUCUACCAUGUUUGACUACUUUGGCGAGUCGUUCAUCACGAGAGCGGACGAGAUUCAGAUCGGGGAGUGUACUGCAGACUGUAAAGAUAAGUCUUCAGUCAAAUUCUCUAGAUUGAGCCCAACCGACAUGCAGUUUCGUGGACCCGAUGAUAAAGCUCCUGAGGAUAUAUUUCUCAAAGAGGGAGAUUCAAAUAUUUUAACAUGCAAAGGGGCCAGUCUUGACGAUAUCGUUUACUGGUUGAACAAUUCGGAAUACAUGACGUCGUUUGCACUGGAAAACAAGACAUCUGGAAGGAUAACCAUUGAUGUCUAUGGUAACCUGAUGAUAAAAGAUGCUCGUAAGACAGAUUCUGGUCUCUAUGAGUGCUGGGUUAGAAUGACAAAGAGGAGAGCUAUCCAGUUAACAGAUAAAAAUUACAUUCUGACUACUGGGCAGACUGGCUGUACUCACAAAUUCUAUAUUCAUAUAUUGUAGAAGAAACGAUGCAGA